AUGAUUGCAUUAGUAGACACACAAUGCCACGAGCGCUACGGUGAGAUUGAGAAGUCCAGGACACCCCUGCCACUAUUUUCUAACCAGUCUGCAGGUCCCAUCGUCCGCUUUGCCCCCAAUGGAUUGUCUUUCAACUCAAGCACCGCAUACCACACGAUCUAUGGAUUCAAGGCAAACAAUCGGAAAUCCGACUUCUAUUUACUUUUCGCCCCACCUGGCCACCCCAGCGUCUUCAGCGACACUAACAAGGAUUCCCACGCCAAGAAAAGGAAGGUCUUAUCGUAUGCCUUCGCGGACAAGGCUAUGAGGAAUAUGGAGGAGUACAUGUUGCAACAUGUCAGAACCUUCUGCUCGAAAAUUGGCACCUCCAAGGCAGUCAAUGUUGCCCAAUGGACCGAAUACCUAUCAUUUGAUGUCAUGGGCGAAUUAGCCUUCGGCCAAAGCCUAGGCAUGCUUUUGGGUUCUUCAAACACUUAUGUGCUCGACCUCAUCGUCAACUCUGCACACUAUUGCCAGAUGAGUGGCCUUGGCCGAGCAUUUCACAACUUGGGCCUUGGCAUGUUGAUGUUUCCCAAAUUGAUGCAAGACAAGGUCAAGUUCAGGGGAUUCUCGCACAAGUACGCCGGCGAUCGCGUCAAGGUUGCUGGGGAUCGGAAAGAUUUUUAUCAUUAUCUUCUCAAAGCCACAGACAAGGAGACGGGAGAGAAGUUUGGAACUCCUGAGCUGGUGGCGCAGGCAAAUGUGAUCAUCAUUGGCGGCGCCGAGACCACCGCGACCGCAAUGGCUGCUCUGCUCUUCUACCUCGGCCACGACGCCCAAGCGCUCGCCAAGGUAACGAAAGAAGUGCGGGAGGCCUUUGCCAGCCAGGGUGUCGAAGCUAUCCGCUCCGGGGCGGCUCUCAGCUCAUGCCAGUACCUCCGGGCCUGCAUUGACGAGGCCAUGCGCUGCACCCCGCCGAUCUCUGGUAUUCUUCCACGCAAAGUGCUGCCUGGUGGGAUGGUCAUUGAUGGGAACAAGAUCCCCGCCGGGGUCGAUGUUGGUGUCUCGGCAUACGCUCUUCACCAUAACCCCGACAUCUACCCUGAGCCGUUCGAAUACCGGCCGGAGCGCUGGAUUGCAUCUGACGACAACUCGAAACAAGACGUCGAUGCGGCCAAGUCCAAUUUUGCAGGAUUUAGUACUGGGCCCAGGUCUUGUGUUGGUAUGCCUUUGGGCUAUCUCGAGAUGAUGAUCACCACCGCCAGGGUCCUCUUCCAGUUUGAUUUGAAGCUUGAGUCACCCCUGGGUGGAGGUUCCCCAGAAUUACCCGUGGGAAGACGGCGGAAGGACGAAUUCCAGAUUCAAGAUAACUUUGUGGCAGCCCACGACGGGCCGCUUAUUCAGUUCACCCCUGCACAGGCUAGUUAG